AUGGGCUGCCAAAUAUGCUCGCGAAACGCCGCUUCCCGAUCGUCCUUCUACUGCCCCUCUUGCGCUCGCAGCCAUGUGUAUAUCCUACGAUACGAAAACGCCCGCGUCUUGCUCGAAAAGGAAUCCAUAGGACAAGAGAUCGAAGUGUCGAUAGUCGGAAAUACUGACGCCCACCGUACGAGCAAGGUUCCGCUGCAGGCAGCUCGCGAAAGGAGUCUGCGAUGGACUAUCCAAGCUAUCCAAACCGAACAAGCUCGAACAGCAGGCCGGGUUCAGUCUAUACAUGCUCAUGCGGAGUCUUUGAAGAGCGAGAUUCAACGGAAAAGGGCCGAUGUCAAUAAUCUGAAAUCUCGCUUGAAACAACGACGUUCCGAUGCCGAAUCUGCAAAGUUCCAGCUAAGUGACCGACGUCAUCUGGCGCUAUCAAACAUUCAAAACCCGAUCAAGCGGACGGAGCACCUGUGGCAUUCGCUGCAUACAAAAACUGCUGAGUCUAGAAUAUUCCUGUGUCGGGAGGCUGCAAAUCUAUAUCGUCUGCGGCAAAAAGCACGGAGAAAGAACAACUCGGUCGUUGAAAGCUACUGGAUUGGCGGUGUUCAAGUGGUUGACUUGAAGGAACUACAUGGUGCUAUGCCCAGUCAUAUCUCUACCUUCUUCUCGAAUAUUGCUCACCUGCUUGUCCUCGUAUCCCACUACCUCUCGCUUCGACUACCGGCUGAGAUAGUCCUUCCUCAUCGUAACCAUGCAACACCGACGAUAUUCUCACCCGCGGCAUCUUACUCGACACGAGAGACUAUAGAUUCGGAGUACAAGUCGUGGUAUCCGUCUAGUAGCCCUACUUCGUCGAAACCGCCGCCGCAUGUUCGUGGCCACCGGCCCCGGCCACUAUCCGUUGACAAGUCGCUAUCGAGACUAAUGAAAGAAGAACCUGCUACAUACGCACUAUUCAUAGAGGGCGCCUCCCUGCUGGCAUGGAACGUGUCCUGGCUAUGUCGCACUCAGGGCCUACACGUCGGCUCCGACAACAGGAAAACCUUUAGCAAUAUGGGCAAAAACCUAUGGCAGCUACUAGUAUCCCCGCCAGCUCAAAACCCCACUUCUAUCAGAUCUGUGUCUGGUCAUGACCUACAAUCCAAACUAAAAAUCGACAAAAACUCACCAAGAACUAUUAUUCAGCGCACAAAAUCAUUCCCCAUCUUUGGCCAUUACUCCCAUGGCACUUCUCACUCGUUUCUGGGUGCCGCAGAGGGAAUGGAAUUUGUCAAGAGCUGGAAAUUGCUGACACCAACAAAGCUUGCCGACAAGCUCAAGUCUGCCCUGCAGGGCGAAAUGGCGAAUGCCGAGUGGGAGUUGCUCGAGGAGAAGGAGUGGGAUGAGGGACUUGAUUUUGAUCCACCUGCUGCUGACCCUACCACUACUAAUGCCGAUAUAUCUACCGAAGGACCGUCCAAUGGUGCCGAAAAUAAGCGCCGCAGCGAGAGUGCUAUAUAA